CCCCGCGCCCGCCGCCAGAGCGGCCCCGGCCCCGUCCCGGCCCCGUCCCGCCCGGGGCAGGCAGCGCGGCUCGGCUCGGCUCGGCUCGGCUGCGCCUCCAGCCCCCGCUGCGAGCCUCGGGAGCGCCCCGGCCAAGGAGCUGCGCAGGCCAGGAUGCUGCCGGACGCCGCGGUGCUGCUGCUGCUGCUGGUGGUGGUCGGCCUUCGCUCGGCGGCGGGAGGAGGAGCGGCGGGCUACGCGCAAGUGAAGUACAUGCAGCCCAUGGUGAAGGGGCCCCUGGGACCCCCCUUUCGGGAAGGCAAAGGGCAGUACCUCGACAUGCCGCCGCUGCUGCCGAUGGACCUCAAAGGGGAGCCAGGACCUCCAGGGAAGCCCGGACCCCGCGGCCCCCCCGGCCCCCCCGGCUACCCUGGAAAGCCAGGCACAGGGAAGCCGGGCAUGCAUGGCCAGCCUGGACCUGCUGGGCCCCCCGGCUUCUCGGGCAUUGGGAAACCCGGCAUCCCAGGACUGCCUGGAAAGGCGGGGAUGAAGGGGAUGCCUGGAGCCAAGGGUGAACCCGGCAUACGAGGAGAGCAAGGACCCAGAGGACUGCCCGGCCCCCCGGGGCUGCCAGGGCCAGCCGGCAUCUCGGUCAAUGGGAAACCAGGCCCCCAGGGCGGACCGGGGCUGCCGGGGUUUCGGGGCGAGCCUGGCCCAAAAGGGGAGCCUGGUCCACGUGGAGAGCGAGGAAUGAAGGGUGAAAACGGAGUGGGGAAGCCAGGGCUACCGGGACCACGGGGGAAUGGGGGCCCUCCGGGCCCUGCAGGGCCCCCAGGGCCUGUUGGCGUUGGAAAACCCGGCCUCGAUGGCCUGCCGGGUGCGCCAGGGGAGAAGGGUGACAUGGGGCCCCCAGGUGGGCCGGGGGUCAGUGGGGAGCCUGGCCCCGUGGGACCAAGGGGGCCCCCCGGCAUCGAUGGGAUCGGCAUCCCAGGUGCAGCGGGGGUGCCCGGCAUACAGGGCCCCAUGGGACCGAAGGGAGAACCGGGCAUUCGUGGCCUCCCCGGUUUGCCAGGCCCCACGGGCUAUGGGAAGCCAGGCUUGCCCGGCCUCAAAGGAGAUCGAGGACAGCCCGGGGUGCCGGGAGCCAUCGGUGAUAAAGGGGAACCUGGCGUUGAUGGCGAGCCAGGUGAGCCAGGCCCUGCAGGUAUCAUUGGGCCACCGGGGCCACCGGGUUCCAUGGGCCUGCCAGGCAAGCACGGGCUGCCCGGCUCCAAGGGCGACGUGGGGCCCAGCGGGCCCCCGGGAAUGCCGGGGAUGCGCGGCGACCAGGGCCCCAACGGCUUCGCAGGGAAGCCAGGAGUGCCAGGAGAAAGGGGUCUGCCCGGCUCACAGGGUCCCCCCGGCCCAACAGGCCCGAAAGGGGAACCGGGCUUCAUUGGCCUCCCGGGGGUGCCGGGAUUAACGGGUGGCCCUGGGCCAAAAGGGGAUGGUGGGAUUCCUGGGCAGCCAGGGCUGCGGGGCCCCUCUGGCAUCCCAGGCUUGCAGGGACCCGCGGGUCCCAUGGGGCCCCAAGGAUUGCCAGGGCUCAAAGGGGAGCCUGGGCUCCCUGGGGCUCCCGGCGAGGGGAAGACGGGUGAACCCGGCAUGGCCGGCCCCAUUGGCCCACCAGGAAUGCCAGGAACACCGGGGCUGAAUGGGCCGCCGGGCCCACCAGGGCCUCCCGGGCCGCCGGGAGCGCCGGGGGUGUUUGACGAGACGGGCAUCGCGGGGCUGCACCUACCCGACGGAGGCGUGGAGGGCGCCGUGCUGGGGAACGGCAAGCCGGGGAAGCCGCAGUACGGCCGAGGGGAGCUCUCCGCCCGCAUCGCGCCGGCCUUCACCGCCAUCCUCACCUCUCCAUUCCCGGCGUCUGGCAUGCCGGUCAAGUUCGACCGGACUUUGUACAACGGGCACAAUGGCUACAACCCGGUCACUGGGAUAUUCACCUGCCCCGUAUCCGGCAUUUAUUACUUUGCCUACCACGUGCAUGUCAAAGGGACUAAUGUUUGGGUGGCGCUUUAUAAGAACAACGUGCCUGCCACCUAUACCUACGACGAGUACAAAAAAGGCUACCUGGACCAAGCCUCGGGCAGUGCCGUGCUUGAACUCAAGGAGAACGACCAAGUCUGGGUACAAAUGCCCUCGGACCAGGCCAACGGGUUGUACUCCACAGAAUACAUCCACUCUUCCUUCUCCGGGUUCCUGCUUUGCCCCACAUAACGGCUGUAGGGCACGUUUCCUUUUCACCCACUUUAGCCAUAAACUGUCUUUUUUUUUUUUGAUAAAAAAAAAUUAAAAUUAAUACAAAAAGAAAAA